ACUAGCAGGCAGCCAGGUACAGCAGGGACGUGCACGCUAACGAGCACGCAGACAGGAGUUCCCCGGAUACGAUACCCCCGUUUUACUUGUGCACAGAACUAUAGUGUACUAGCUCCCUCAGACAGACAGUCACGUUACCCACACUGCCCUACGGAAUUGUAUACCACACUUCGCAUACACAAGAGUGCUAUGGUUCUCUGUCUCGCUUCCGAAGAGAUACUACACGAAGUAUGCUCCGAUGUAGAAGUAAUCCACGGUCUGGCCGGCAGCGCAGACAGGAACUGUAAAGACAGUUCGGCCUCUUCUGCCCAUGCAGGCAACUCCCAGCUCUCUGAGGUGACCCCGCACGAUCGCUCACGCUGAUUGGCUGGAGGUGGAAGGCUCUGCUCAGUUAACCAGUGGACUCAGUGGAGGAGCGCUGCUGCUGCGGGGGAAGCGGAUGAGAGCGGCGCAUAGCAGGGGGAUCUGUCUUGGCCAGCGGGAUGUCAGAGAAUAGCCGGCAGUUCUGGAAGAGAAGUUCAAAACUACCGGGCAGCAUACAGCCCGUAUAUGGUGCCCAGCAGCCGCCACUUGAUAAGAGUUUCCGAUCCAAUCACUCGCGGGUACACAUUCGCCAUCUUAAGAAUAGAAAAGCCUCCAGUUUCCAUGAAUUUGCAAGGAAUACGAGUGAUGCAUGGGACAUUGAUGAUGAUGGAGAAAGUGAAGAGAUUCUGCACUCCAAGUCCUAUCAGACUCUUGGCUCUAAAAUGGCUGAUGUUACAGAUGUGGAGAUCACGGAGUCUAACUUCAGAAUGCCAGAAGAAAAUGCUGGCCAGACGGUUGUGAAGUCUGUUAGUGAAGAUCAUCUGCAAAGAGUCCCAGCAGAUGUAUCCUUAACGAGGAAGCCUCUCCAAAAACUUCAGUCCCUUCCUUUUCGCCCUCUUAUCCCCCUUGUGGCCAGGAUAUCUGAUCAGAAUGCAUCUGGAGCACCUUCUGUGACACUGAGAGAAAAGACGCGUCUUGAAAAAUUCAGACAACUGCUUUCCUGCUUGAGCACUGAUCUUGAUGAACUAAGGAAGUGUAGCUGGCCUGGGAUUCCUCGAGACGUGCGACCCACUACAUGGAGACUUUUAUCGGGUUAUCUUCCUGCCAAUAAGGAAAGGCGGCAGUUGACACUUGAAAGGAAACGUGCCGAAUAUUUUGGUUUUAUUGAACAGUAUUAUGAUUCCCGGAAUGAAGAGCAUCAUCAGGAUACAUAUCGACAGAUUCAUAUUGACAUACCAAGGACUAAUCCACUAAUUCCACUAUUUCAGCAACCAUUAGUUCAAGAGAUAUUUGAAAGAAUCUUGUUUAUCUGGGCAAUCCGACAUCCUGCAAGUGGAUAUGUACAGGGAAUAAAUGAUCUGGUCACUCCAUUCUUUGUGGUGUUUCUAACAGAACAUGUGGAAGAUGAUGUGGAAAACUUUGAUGUGAGCAGCCUGUGCCCAGAUACACUGAGAAACAUUGAAGCGGACAGUUUCUGGUCUAUCAGCAAAUUACUCGAUGGUAUUCAGGAUAACUACACGUUUGCUCAGCCUGGAAUUCAGAAAAAUGUGAAGGCCCUUGAGAAGCUUGUGGGCCGUAUUGAUGGCCAGGUACACAGUCAUCUUCAGAAAUAUGAAGUUGAAUAUCUGCAAUUUGCAUUUCGCUGGAUGAACAACCUGCUAAUGAGGGAACUUCCUUUGAGAUGCACAAUACGUCUGUGGGAUACUUAUCAGGCAGAGCCUGAGGGUUUUUCUCAUUUCCAUCUUUAUGUUUGUGCUGCAUUUCUAAUUAAAUGGAGGAAAGAAAUUUUGGACGAAGAAGAUUUUCAGGGAUUGCUUAUGCUGCUUCAGAAUUUGCCUACAAUCCACUGGGGCAAUGAGGAAAUUGGCCUCCUGCUGGCAGAAGCGUACAGACUCAAAUAUAUGUUUGCAGAUGCACCUAACCACUACCGGCGGUAAAACAUAUUCUCCAUUGCUACACACUCCAGAAAUCCUGAUACCAGGAAGAGGCGUGUAUUUUUUGCACCAGUGCCUCUAAAAUAUCUAAUCGCUCACUCAUCUGGACUUUUAUAAGCUUUUGUGUGUGAGUGCAUACAAUGUCUCCACUCCUCUGAAGACUAAUGACUGACUCUACGAUCACUCCUCUACAACAGAUUAUUUGUAUAUUAGCAAACUUUCAUAUGUAUAUGGAUAGAAUUGUAUAUAAUUUACAUUUAUUUGUAAGAUGUGAUAGUCUAUUUCCCAUCAGUGUAUCUUGAGCUGCUUUGUCUACUUUCGGAAUUGUGGCUACUCUGUUAAGUGCGCACAAUUUAAAUUGCACUCCCUUCAUACUCCCUUGAAGCUGACCAGUCAACUGGUGUGUUAAUAAUUUAAUGAAGGAGUUUUCCAUAUAAAGGAACUAUUCUAACUACAUUUUUUGUCCUCUACCCAAAGCACAAUGAAAAUUACGGAGUUGUUUUAUUUUCUCCCACUAAUGUGCAUAUGGAAACCACUAACAUUAAUCAGGGAAUGUCAUCAAGAGAGAGGGCUUAAUUUCAAUCAUGUGUAAUGUAAACCUUUCUGAAAACAGAUUUCAUGAAGAAAAUGUCAUUUUUAUUGACAGAAGAAUCUUAAUGGUGGUGUUAUCAUUUUGACACUGAUGAUGUGUUGAAAUAUAAUAAUAAAAAUAGAGGUUAUGCCCACUAUAAAUUAUGCUGCUUAGAAACAGAGGUUCAAAUUGUACAGCACAGGACUUAGAGAUCAGCCAAAGAUCACCUUAAAUCGGUCUAUCACAAGGUACAUUAUUAAGGAUAAUUGUUGCUCUAGGCAAGGCUUGACCAACCUGUGGCUCUCAAGCGAUUGUGAAAAUACACUUCCCAGCAUGCGCUGCCACAGUGUUAGCAUUCCCUAAUAGCAAAAUAGUGGCAGAGCAAGCCGGGGACUGUAGUUUCACAACAGCUGAAGAGCUACAUGUUGGCCAGGUCUGCUCUACACCAAUACAUGGUUUAUGUCUGCACCUGUGCAUCUUCGCUAGUUACAUCAGAGACUACCUAACACAAUAGACUGAAUCAUGCGCAGACAGACUUUGUGGUGAUGUCUCAUGGCACAUUGGCUCCUAACUGCUUCCAAUGAUUACAUAAAAUAAUGCUAAAUAAAACAACAUAAGUGCAAAAAUAUGUGAUUAUCAGAACACCCCCCCCCCCCCCCCCCCCAAUUAAAAUGGAAUGUAUGCCUUUUUUACUUGACCGUACAACUGUGACCAUAGAUAGAGUACACUUUUUAGGUUUCCCUAUGGAGCAGAUUAUUUUAUAAUUGUUGUGGAGCACUUGCAUUUUUUCCCUUCAGAUAUAAAACAUUUAAGCGAUUGCGCCAACUCCAGAUGUCUAAUUUUGAAUUUACUGUAAUUUAAGACAUUGUGUAACAUUGAAAAAAAAGCAUGCUCUUAAACCAACACAAUAUCUAAAUAUUUGAGUUUAUAGUUGUGUUUAUCAGAAUCCAGUCCAGUCAAUAAAUUGUAAUUUAUUUACAGUUAAAUUGUAAUCGGAAAUUCCAAAAAUACAUUUCAACAGAUACCAGUCAGUCCUCCCGGUUUAUGACAAAGGUACUUAUUCUUUAGAUGCAUGCACACUUGCUGAGAAAAUAAACAACGUCGCUCAUUUUCACCCUUUCUGUGCGACGUUGCUUACUUUCUCGGCAAGUGUGUAUGCUGCCGACGACCAGCGUUGUGCUGCCCCGCAGGUCGUUAACGGCCCUUGCUGUCGGCCGUGCAUGCAGCUCAAUAUGGACUAUUAUCCAGGAGCUGCAUGCACGGCCCAGCCGCUGCGUGACACCACAGAGCGUUAUGAGCGUCAUAUCGCUCAAUGUAUGCACUGCUGCCGACCGGCCCGGGAGUGAAUAAAACACUAGACAACGUCGCUUAUAGAGCACGUCGCCUAGUGUGUACCCACCUUUACUGUAUCAUGGAUGCAGUAAGCACAAAUAUAGUAAAACCAAGACCACAGGUUGGAAAAUAUGAAAACAAUGAAUUGGUUGUAAAAAAUACAUUGAACAGAUACAGAGCUGAUGUCAUGGCUAUUAGUAAUGUGAUAGGCAGUAAUUAGUCUGUUUUCUUUUUUUCUAAUUUUCUGGGACACAAGAAGGGCUUGUUUAAGUGGGAAUAAAAGAGAUGCUGUGAAAUAUGUUUAUACAAGAGAAACAAGUCAGAGCCUCCCUUCAGGGAGCAUUGUAGUGGCAACAAUUCCCUCUUCUUGCUGUGGUCACGUGUGAUAGCCUUCUGUCCACUGAGUCACUGUGUGUGAGAAUGCUCUCAGUAGUGCUUUGGGAAAGGUGGUAAAGUUGUUUCCAGAGGUCUUCCUGCUCUGUAAUACAGUAAGUUUAGUUGGGUAAUUAUACAUAUUUGUCACUGCUAGUUAUUGCAAUGGUUAAGCAAAAUACAUUUUAUGGACAAAAUUGUCUGACAAAGCACAUGAUUACAACAGGUGGCACUUGAUAUACCGGGUGUCGGGAUCCCGGCGCUCGGCAUACCGGCGCCGAAAUACCAACCGCCGGUAUACCUUUGGGGUGUCCAUAACACCCCUGGAGGGAGAAUAAAUAGCGUAUGCGCGCCACCGUGCCUGCAGCAUGGCGAGUGCAGCAAGCCCACAAGGGGCUCUUUUGCGCGCACACCGUUGUCGGGAUCCCAAGCGCCGGCAUUUCAUACUACACCCGAUUUUACAACAGGUGCUUAAAAUGAUAUUAAACUCUUUAUACAUGCAAUAGCGUUCAGGAUUUGACACUACUUAAGGUGAAAUCGCAUAGGAGGAAGCGCCUUCUUUACCUUGUCCUCCUACUCCAUGGAAGGUGUCCUCCAAAAAGUAACCAAAGUAUAGCAAAGCAAGAGUGUGUUGCAAUAGCCAAAAUUCAAGCACUGACAAACAAUAACAAUGUUUUGCCCCUUCUCAAGCCCUUCCAUAAAUUACAUGAGGAUGUGCUAUGGACGAGACAUAGUUUAACCCCAGUGGGAAUUAAAGGGUGUAUUUAAAGAUAUUGUAGCAUUAGAAAGAACAGUUGAUGAAAUUGGGAGGAAUUGUUGAUUCAUUUGUCACAGCAAAAUUACAUGUUUAAUAAGCUACUAUCGCUCCCAUUGUUAAAAAGCAGGUAAAUCGGUACAUAAAGCAUCUAGAAUGUGUGCUCUGACCCAAAACAGACGUUUUGUUUUCAAAGACCACUGUGAGUUAUCAACUUGAAUUGCAAAUCGGCUGUGUGAUUUUAUGAGUGCUAGGUGUUAGACCAUUGUACAACUGGAAAGUUUCUAAACAGUUUGUGUUGCACAAGCUAUGUGAUUUACUUUUUUUUUCUGUGAAAAAGCAAACUAUGUUUAAAAGUGUGCAUAAUAAAACUAGUUAUGUUCAUUUGGAAAACAAA